CUGUAGCCAGUGUGUCAUGCGAGUGGGGAAGCCGUGACCUUUGACCUUUAAGUGGUGACGUCAUCAUUUCGGAUUCUAACAGGUGUCCUACGGAUUAGUGGCUCCGGGCGCGCGGGCUUAUGAAGGGGCAGCCUCCGAGGGACCAAGAGCGCUGGGCGUGUUCCUUCAUAUAGUUCCUCGUCUUCAGGAGUCCGGUGACGUCGCAUCCCCGUCCUCUGCUCCCCGUACCUCUUCACAAGGCAAUCUUUUAGUGUCUGGCCUUAGCAGAGAGUGAAGUUACGCUGAAGCCAAAGUUUUGUGAUUUUUUUAUUCUGUUAAUACGUGUCAUCUGUACUGCGGCAUUCACCUGCCACGUUAAUCUUAUAUCGGUAAUGGAAUCUGAAGAAUUGCUUUUGUACACUGCUGGAACUUACGCGGCUCCCUCAAGGAUUCCCUGGCUCUAAAAGAUGAGUAUCACCACUUUAAGCACUUUGAGAAUGAUGGUGUAAAGGCCGGGGAUAAGGUAGGAAUGGAGGUGAGUCGUGAAGGCAGUGAGAGUUAAAGGUGCACGGGAACACAGAUGUAUGCUCGGACAGUUCCCGAGCUCUCCCGCACACUACCUUCCUCUCCACCUGACCUUAACUGACCUGAAAUGACCUGGAGACGACCCAAGGUGUUCCUUCCAGUCAAUAAGAUUAUGCUCAACUGGAAACUACUCCAACUGGUCUCUUCGCUGUCAUGAGGCGUCUUCUCGUCCUCCUCUUCUCCACGUUUAUACUCUUAUCCACUGCUUCUGCUGCUUCUGCUGUUGGAGGCAGAGGUGGAGGACGAAGGCUCCCUGACGACCACCAGAAUGGGUCACAAAGGUCAAACACGCCACCGGAAAGAGAGAGACGCCCGGGGACCCACGCAGCCCCGUCACCCAACACCGGCCUGGCACCCCCAUCCCACGCAGCGCUGAAGAUCUCCGAGCACAACGGUCUGCCUACCACCGUCGAUUCCUCCUCUGCGACCAUCCACCUCAACACCCGCCUCUUCCAGACAGUGAGGAAGGAAAUCACCACUACCAUCUCGUUACCUACAGUCUUCAGCCCGGCAAGCGACGCGCUUCUUCAGGAAAAAGAUCACAAUACCCUAAGCAAGCCACAUGCUCCGACGUCGCCUGCCACCUCCACUACCCCCGUCCCGAAGAACACCACGCCCCCAGUGUAUCGCCUCGGGGCGGUGUUCGAGCCGGAACACAUCCAGAGCCUUUCCUCUGUUUUCUUUCAGUCGCUGCAAGAACAAAACCGCCUUCUCGGUGGCCUCUUCCGCUUGGAGGGAGUUGCCAUAGAGACCCCCAUGCUCACCCUCAGCUCCCUCAAAGGUACCUGCGAGACGUUGCAACGUGAAAAUGUGUCUGUCGGUCUGGCGGUGGGUGUGACCCAGAGCAUCUACGCUUCCGGCACCCUGGCGUCCCUGGCCGGGGUGUCCCUCAUUGCCAGGACCAUCAGGGGCUACAGGGACGACACUCUCAAGAACCUGCUGCCUGACCUGGUGGUGGCCAACCCGCGACUGUCUGACUUAUGGGGAGCCGCCACGUCAUUCAUCUCAACCCUUGAUUGGUACCAGCCCAUUCUCAUCCACGAUGACUCGCCUCAAGCUCUCCAGCUGGCCCACAUCGCCUCCAGGGAUACCAAGUACGACACCGUGGGCCUCUCCCUCUCCGCCAAUCUCCCGAGACACCACUUCCAGAACCGGCUGAGCGGGAUCCUCCACACGGUGCGGAGACUCAUCUUCGUCUCCGGCACCGUCAACUUUGUGAAGGUGGUGUUCAGCCACGGCGAGGACCUGGACAUGUUCAACGGGGAAUAUAUCUGGAUCUUGCUUGACAUUCCCCUUCCAGGAAACCUCUCGGAAUCCCUGCGUCCAGGCCUCCUCAGUCUUCGCCCAGACUAUUUACGAACCCCCCAAAGACAGUUACUUAUAAACUUUGUUAAGUCGUCAAUAUCUGUGAUAUCGGAGUUUUUCAAAGAAACUAACAUGACGUCGUCAGUCGCCGUGCUGUCGCCGUCAGCGCCUACACAGUGUCAAGUGCCUUACAGGAAUCUGUCCACGAGUCAGUUUGAAUUACACAGACAACUCAAAGAGAAGCUAGAAUCAAGCAGAAUAUCUCAGAGAUCAUUACCAGGUGUGACUCCUUUUUUCCACGUGGAGAACCUGGUCAAAACGGGUGCCAGUACCCAGUGGAAGCGGGUUGGGUACAUCAACGGGUCGGAGGUGCAGAUCAACGCUAUUUUCUGGCCCGGGAGGGGAUACAAGGGCGUCUCGGAGCAGAACAAGAGGCUACGGGUGGCGCUAGCAGAGGCCCCGCCCUUCGUCAUGACCUCUUCCCUCAUCGAGAACGCCACCUGCCUAUUGGGGAUCAUCUGCCUAAGAGUGUUCUCGCCGGAGGUAGCGGCAACCUUCGCGGACAUGGAGCGGGAGGUAGUGAACGCCUCCAGGGGUUACGAGGUGGUAUGCUGCAGCGGCCUCUCCGUCGACCUUAUGAUCAACGUGGCCACUGACCUUGAAAUUGAGCUGCAGGUGUAUUUGGUGAUGGACGGCACCUUUGGGGCGCCGCGCACCACUGGCUGGACGGGCAUCGUUGGCGACUUGCUCGACGGUUCAGCUGAUCUUUCCUUCGCGCCACUCUCCGUCACCGCCCAGAGAGCAAGACAUCUCGACUUCUCUGAUCCUUACUUCUUCUCCUCCAUGUCCAUUCUCUCAUCUACCAAACAAAUGGAGGUACCGCUGCUGGCCUUCCUGGUUCCCUUCAGCCCAGAACUGUGGAUCGCUAUAUUCGUCUCCCUCAACAUCACUGCCUUCAGCGUAGCCGUCUACGAGUGGCUCAGUCCCUUCGGCCUCAAUCCCUGGGGACGACAACGGUCCAAGAACUUCAGCUACGGCUCAGCGUUGUGGGUCAUUUGGGGGCUGCUCUUCUCACACUUGGUCGCCUUCAAAGCCCCAAAGUCGUGGCCCAACAAAGUACUCAUCAAUGUGUGGGGUGCCUUCAGUGUUAUCUUCGUGGCCUCCUACACAGCCAACAUCGCUGCCCUCUUCGCCGGCCUCUUUCAAACCCGAGACCACCACGGCAGAAACAUCAUGUCGCUUCGGGUGGGGUCAGUUCGGGCAAGCUCCGCCGAGUACUACGUCUCCAAGAUCAAACCCGACCUCUGGGAACACAUGAAGCCAAACCUUGUUAAUGACUUCACCAAUGGUCUCCAACGUCUUCGGUCGGGCACGUUGGACUUGAUGGUGGGUGACUCGGCAGUGCUGGAUUACCUACGAGCCAACGACCCUGGCUGCACCCUGGCCCGACACGGAGAGGAUCUUGUGUCAGACACCUUCGCCAUCUCCAUGGGAAAGGGCUUCCCCCUCAGGGUGAAGAUCAAUACUAUUCUGGCGAGGUACUUGGCGUCGGGUCACCUGGACCACCUCAAGCACAAGUGGUACGGGGAGCUGCCUUGCUUCAACAGGAUCUCCGCGGAUUUGUACAAGCCGCAGGCUCUCGAAAUCAGCACGGUGGGCGGCGUGUUUCUCAUGCUCACCCUCGGCAUCGGGGUUGGUAUCUUCCUACUGUUCCUGGAGCAUCUCGUGUACCGCUACGCCCUGCCCACACUUAGGACCAAACCCAAAGAGUCUGUGUGGCGGAACAGAAACCUCAUGUUCUUCAGUCAGAAACUCUACAAGUUCAUCAACUGCGUAGAGUUGGUCUCACCGCACCACUCGGCCAAGGAGCUCGCCAACAGCCUCCGCACCGGCCAGAUCAUGGGACUGUUCCAGAAGUCCGUCAAGAGGAAGGAGAACGAGCAAAGGAGGAGGAGGAAGAGUAAAGCGCAGUUCUUCGAGAUGAUCCAGGAAAUCAGGAGAGUACAAAAGGAGGAGAGAGCGGAGCAGGUCAUCCCUCCGCCCACGUCAGCUACCAGCACCACGGUCACCGAGGAUUCCAGAAGAGGCGAGCCAACCCCAUUACACCCCCCGGAGGCUACUCCAGCUCCCCCGUCACCCUUCUCCACCACCACCACCGCCACCACCCAGGCGCCCAUCACCAUAGACUACCUCCCCGGGCCUAACCCCCAUGAAGACUCCGAGGGCAUCAUAGUGGUCAACAGUUCCGUUCCCUUGGGCUUGGUGGAGGAGCUCACCAGCAAAAUGGGCCACGAGGACGUGGAGAUAGAGGAGGAUUCAAGCUCAGGGAUACUCAUUUUAAAAGUCAGUGACCCCGAAGAAGCACUCGAGGCCAACACCUUUAAUCAACAAUUAGAGGACACGCAGACGUACAAAUUGCAAGACACAGCCGGGGAGUGCGGUGUGUGUACUUGCUCGGUUCAGGAAGGGGGAGUCACACGUCGAAAAGAAUCUGGUGGCUGUCUAAAUUGCCUCCAGCGGCAAGAUAGUGCUAGGAUAGCACGGAGAGCCGCUGAUGGUACCUGUUACCCCUGCAGUACCGUGGCCAGUGCCAGGGAAAACCCUCUGGGUGCUUAUCCGAUCAUGGCGGGGACAGCAAACGGUCUGCGUCAUCGCGGCAGCGUCCCUAACCCUCCCACCAGUCAUCUUCCUUCACCCUCUCUUCGCCCAGCCACCGCUCCCUCCACGGCCAUACCUUCCCCUGGAAUCAUGCAACAGGCAGACGUUCCAGAAAUUCUGGGGCACGCCACGAGAUCCUUGGAAGACCUGGAGGCUCGGACAAGACACUCCUUGGACGAGAAAAGUUACGAACGUGUUCGUCUGCUCCCUCUGUCGCAACAAACUGCAAUCCAGUCGUCUGGUUCACUGCAGCUAGUGGCGGCCCUCUCCCCAGGUCGAGAAAGGGUCAACUCUGAUCUCCUGCGUCACGUGAGCAAAGCUGACUUGUGGCAAUUGUGGCAGGACUCUGAAAAAGAACUCAGAGUUAGACUACGGCAAGCAGAGACUCAGCGAGACGAACUCCUCCGGCAAAUGUCCAAGUCAUCUCACAGGGAUCGUCACCCGCUGACUGAGGGCUCGAGUGAAGAGUGGGACAGUAAAUCUUUGGAAGACACGAUGGGAGACGCUAAGCAGCUUUAUGCAGCGGCACCUCAUGUGUCUAGACGUGUUGAAGAUAUAGGCGAGUUUCCAAGGACAGGAAGGAGGAUGAGCAGAGAGCGAAGACCAGAUGAGACGAGACUUAAAACCACUAGGAGAGAUUCUUCCACGACCCCGAGGAAGAAAAAGAGACAAAGAUCUAAGUCACAAGAUUACUUGGAAACAAGGAAAAGUACAGAAUCACUAGAGGAAAAGAAACUCUAUCCGAAAGUUGAGGAGCGGGUUGUCACACCACGCAAGCACAGCAGCAGGAGAAAAAGAGAUGGAAGCCAGGACCGCAGGACAGAGUCGGAAGAAGGCCCGACUCUACAGAAACAACGACCAGUAGUCCACUGUUCAUUCGAGGGUGCGAUUGACAGGCCUGAUUUAGUCGAUCCCCUGGGAGAGUACUGUUCCACGCCUCUCCCACUGCUGCGCUCCCUUCACCAACAAUCAAAGAGUGACAGUGAGAGGAACUACGCUUUCCUACAGUCCCUAACACCAGAGCGAAGAGACGAAAGACUGCCACACGACACCUAUGAUCACAUUCACCUGAAAACAUUCUGCAGAGAGAUGAAGGGAAGAGGGUGCGAGAGUGACGAGCAGACAGAGGAGGACAGUCGGCUUAAACAAUCCGAUGAGGAGAGGCUGUCGAUAAGGCGACGGCGAGGGUUGCAUCACGGAGUCAGCGGACACGUGGAGACUCAAACUCGGAGGCCCCGGGAGAGACAUCCAUCACGGGAGGCGUACGAGACCCCGCACAGGCGCGAGUCAUCACUCCAGAAAGAUACUAGGCAACAGCUGCACAGGAGACCGUACGAGCGAGAAGCUGCCAGGGAUCACACCAGUCCUUACUCAGGAAGCCAUCGGCAGCAGCAACCACCACCACCACUACAACAACAUGGCGUCCGAAGACACACAACUUACGACAGUUCGUCUGACCCGGAGGAUCCCAUUUACGCAGCGGCCCAGGUCCUGGAGGCUGGGUCGACGCGGGAGGCUCUGGGAAGGCGGCAACCCUCUCACCACCCUUACCCACGAGCCUACGAGGGAAGAAGAAGCGGAGACCGAAUGGAGGAUCGACGAAGCAGCGAAAGAAAAACAUUCAGGGAGACGAGGGAGCCGCCGUGAGCAUACCUCGGAGCGGCCCGCCUGGCUCCUCCACUCAUCUUCCUCACACACACAGCUCUCAUAGCAAGAUCAUCCUUGUUCCGUGCAUCUCUACUCAUCGCCAGUCAUGUUACUUGUUGAGAGAAGCAGCGAAUAUAACGCACAUCGUUUCUUACUACAGUUGUAAUACCGCUCAUAGUUUUCGCUCUGAUGACAACAGCAGCCAUUUUUUGCAAAGCAUUUACUUGUCCAGUUGUAUAUACGUGAUGGGAAUAUAGUGCGCUUAAUUUGAAUCACUUUGGUUUCGUGCUAUCUAGGCGGCAUUGUUCGUGGUGACUGAUAUAACAUGCCUUUACUAUGCAUUGUCCAAGUUCGUUGACAGCUUUGUAAACAAUUUCUUCUUACCAAUUACAUCAUCAUCAUGAUCAUUAUUAUUAUUGCUAUUAUUAUUAUUAUUAUUAUUAUUAUUAUUAUUAUUAUUAUUAUCACCAUCAUUAUUAUAUUAUAAUAUGGCGGUGGAGCCUUUCCCUCCCCACCUGACGCUCCUGCUUCCGGGCUGGAUCAGUCUUUAUUUAGCAACGUUCUAGUAAGUCCUUUGCUGCGGGAGCUACACAGGCUGUCUGGGUUUGCUAGGUCGGUCUGCGCGGCGGCCCAUUCUCUCCCCCGAACCCCGCCAGCCGACUUUAGUUAGACUUUUAAACAUCAUGGAGUUAGCAUGUUUUUUUCCUUCGUUGCUGACGCGUGACUUUUAUCGAGCAGGAGGAACGUAGUCGUGUGCAAGGUCAGGAGGCCUUAAACAAAAAGAAACAAAGAGAUGUGUCAAUAAUUCAUAAUUCGCCUCAAGCACUCAGUCGUGGGAGCGAGAGCAUGGGAGUGCUGGUGGUGGCUGGUACGGGUGUUCCCCUGAUAAUGGUAGUGAGUCUCCAAGAUAUCUUUUUAUCUCAUACUUUUAAGAUAAUCAUAAUCAAAUAAUGUAUAUAAAAAUACAGUAUUUUGCUCUACAUAUUUGUCAAGCGAGGGACAAUGAGGUCACUUGUAAAGCAGACAGCCUUCAAAAGCUUCCUAUUGAUCUGUACCUCCUGGACUAUGUGAAAGAAGUACUAGGCGGGGCUUUCCGUGUCACUCGCCUACCGCCGCUAUAGCCGGGCAAACCCCCCCACCCUCCAGCCCACCUGCUGACUACAUGGAAGGGACAACGAUAAGAUUAUUAAAAAAAAAAUGUUAAUUAUAUCAAAUCAAAAUCCUGUCCAGAUCUACAAUUCAUAAGAGGGAGUCAAGAGGCCAUGAACUUCCCCUCACCGACUGUCACUUGUUUCAUAUCGACUCUGAUGAGCCAGUGCUGGACACACGAGGCCGCUGAGGGUCUGCAUUAUAACAUCACAGUGUGACGUCACUCUUAAACUCAUUUUAGGAAAAGUAGAAUAUCGUUUCAUGCCAUUUAAAGGGAAGCUUCUAAAGGAAAAUCUUACAAAGUUGGUGAACGUUUGAACUACGGGUAAGCUGCAGGUGAAUACGAAACUUAGCAACCUGUCUAACUGCCAAGGCGUCAUGGAACGUUGCAGGCACUGUAGGUCACUGCUCUGUACGUCAGCCACUGAGGGACGGCUCCAAUUUUUCAUUAACUCUGUGAAAACAACGGACGAAUGUGAUGCAUUUCUGUAGAUCUCCACUUCUUACAUUUCAUCCUUCUAUUUUUCCUAUUUACAUGUCUUAGCACUCAUAUCUUACAACCCCUCUCUCUCUCUCUCUCUCUCUCUCUCUCUCUCUCUCUCUCUCUCUCUCUCUCUCUCUCUCUCUCUCAUCACUUAUAUUCUCCUAAUCCUCCAUUCAUUUGAUCUUCAUUUCCACAUCUGCUACCUUCCAUCUCUCCCUAUUCUUCUCAUUUUUACUUGUGCUCUCCUUUUUUUCCACUUCUGCCAUCAUCCUCAUCAAAUCAACUCCACUCUUCCAUUCACGUAAUCUUAAUCAUGACUCUUCAGGUUCGAUUAAUAGAAAAGUUAUUCAUUAUACUUUCCUUACCUAGCACUUACAAAAUCAGCCUCACUCUCCUUCAUGCCACGAUUCAUUACGUUCCCGUCACCCUUACUACUCACGCGCUUCUUAGGUAGUUAACAAGUACCUAUGUUUCUUACCUACACCAGUAUUCACGUUUCAUUUCCAGUCAUCUCCUAUAUUACUGUUAUUACACGUUCUUCAAAGAUUCACUCAUUUCCUGUCUCUCUUUGUUACCUAAUUCAUCCCUGCAUCCUAUUUCUCCCUCUCUAUCGUCCGCUGUCAUUCCCCGAAUGCUCAAGGGCGCGGUGGUGCGAGCUGAAGGAGACGUUAGGACUCUAGGUUGUUCUCACGUCCUCACCCUCGGCUGGCAUUCACCCUCAGUGGCCGACAAAGGGAGGAAUGAAGGGAAGUGUGGUUUGAAACAAUAAUGUAAAUUUAAAACAUACAAUCGCCUGAUAUAUUAAGUCGUUUUGUUCUGAUCAAGUGUCGUGUGGGUGACACAGGAACAAAGCAAGACUCAGAAAUGGACCAGUUACCGUGCAUUUAUUUUAGUCAUUUAUUCUUUUUCGUCCUGAACUUGUGUAAACUUUCGUCCAAUUUCGUGACGAAGAAACAUGUUAUUAUAACUGACUAUGUAGUGCUAUCAAAAUACAUAAGUUAAAAAACUCAUCCAACGUGACAUGGAUGACGUGAGUGUCUAUUUCGGUUAACUUCCUUGUGAAAUCAAAAACGUUAUUGCGGUAGUCGGACGCCCCAGCCACCCAGUCUGCGCCGCUCCCGGGGCGAGGCGACAACCUGCUCUAUGAAACUUGAUCCUCUCAAAACCUUUCUCUACACAGCAUAAUUUGUAUGAUUCUACAAAUAAAUAUACUUACAUACACAUUAUUAGAAUAGGUUUUUGAUAAAGCUUGUAGUACCGUACCUAAAUAUUAUGCGAGUGAAUUAUGUCUUUUAUAGCUGAAAUGAACGAAAAAUUUCAAUUAUCUUGGUCAUCCACCAUGAUGAACAGUUUCCUACGCUCCGGGUCUUGCCUCUCCCAGUCGGACUUCUUCACGAGAUAAUCAAAAUGCAGUGAAUACCCUGACUGAGAAUCAAUAUUUUUGGUGCAUACUCUACUUGCCUUCACAAACAUUCCCUUCCCAGCCCCAUGAGUGCCACCCUGCCCGCCAACCAAGCUAACAUUACACGCGUGCCUGCAGGAAAUACAAAUCACACAGAAAAUACAUGAGAAUUAUGCAGAUGAAUGAAACACGAGUUUUUUUUCGCUAAUAAGUAAACAACUAAACAAAAAGUAAUCAGUCACAAUCUGAUUUGCUCCACACCCAAUGGCAAACAGGUGACUGAUUAAGCAGGCAUUCGUUAUAUAGGGUCAUCCGGAAAAGCUACAAAAGAAAAAUUUUCCCUAAAUAGUGAAUAUAGUUUUAAAAAAUCCAAGCCAAGUGUCUGUCCAUCGCGCGAGGUGCGAACAAUGACAAGGAAUUUCUGGGUCCAGCUCAGUGGCUCAAACCUUGGAAUGCACAACCCUGCGUCCUCUCUCACACGUCGAGGUGGGGCUGGAUCAUGUGUGGCCUGUCCUUGUUAGUCGUGCUGUCGUAUUAGGCACCAUCGUACUGGUUUUCCUUAUUUUGGACUUUCAAAACAACCUGACAAACCUUGGAAGCGGAUGACCAAAAGAUUUUGUUGUGAAAAUAUACAACGUUUGAGUGCAGCUACUAUAUUUAGAAUCUUCACCAGUGUUAUUUCCACUCCACUACCUGAGCGGAGUGAAGCCAAACAAGCAACAAUAAUGACGCAGGAAUCCUGAAGCUGCUCCUCCCUGGCUCCUACAGUCGCCCCUCCACCACACUAAUCAUGCCCACUGGGAGCCGAGAGCCUGGCUGUCUCUGCAACACUAGUGAAGUUACUAACUCUCCUAUCUAGCAUGUUUUAGUUUGUCCUGUUUUGAUACACACUGCUUUGGGUCUCUGUGGCAGGGAGGAGGAUCACAAGAUGAGUGCGAGAGGCAGCGUCUCCUGCCGGGCGUUGGUGAUGCCAGGACUCGACACAAGACCACGGCACCGGAGCAGAUCAAUCGCAGAGAAUCGGAUUUUCUCUCAACCCUCGAGGAGCAGAUAAGCUGGCAAAUCAGGACGCAGGAGUCUGCUAUGCCUCCUAAGUCCCUAGAGCGCAUGUGCAAAUGAUCCACGAGUGUCACGACGCUGAAACUUAACAAAUGCAAGUCUCCUUCCACCACAAGUCCUGAAACGAUUUUCCUCACAAAUAUUUGGAAGCUCGAGGCAGCUUCUAUUUAUCGUUUGUAGGGGACGAGUUUGUAUACUACGCGAAAAAGGAAAAAAAUGUCCUUUUUUAUAUUACCAGGGGCGUUAACGGUGUUCCUUUUUGCUAAUGCCAAUCAAUAUUAGGCCUUUGGUAAGAGGCCCAGAGGCCUCCGGCACACCCGCGCGGAAGGUAUUAGGCUCAUUCUUCUGUGUCCGCUGCAACGCUUUAUAGACUUAGUAGUUAACUAUAGAUAUAAAGAAAACUAUAUAUCGACUUGUCUCUUGAAAAUGGGAGGAAAUUAACUCAGUCUCAUACAGUUAGGUUGUUUAUUGUUGAUGUACAUAACAUACAUGGUUAUUUCGCAAACAAAUAAAGUUUCAUGACGAACUGAAAUAUCUAA